AUGAAUACCUCUUGGCUCAAUCCCCUGAGUCGGUUCGCGAUCCAGGGCGCCGGCCGCUGGACCUGCUCGAGCUGCCGCGGCCACUUGGUCUCCCAGGCAAAGACCGCGCAACGACCUUUUAAUCGGCAGUACGGUACCGGCCCAUUCAAAAACUCCAAGCAAGCACCGCCGCCAAGAUCGAGAAGGAUCGUACUUACGGCCGCCGCAACCGGCACUGCUGGAGCCGGUGUUCUCGCCUUCACCGAUGACAUCAAAUUCGGCUAUGAAGCCACAGAGAGAGCAGGCAGAGUUGCCUCGGCUCUCUACAUAAAUAUCAGCGAUUACCGAACAACCUUGAAGAAGCGCGAAUCCAUCACAGACCAGGAAGAGUCCGAUACAGUGCUGAGGAAAUGCCAUAAACGAUGUGCGGUGAGGACAUUAAAGGUUCUCGAGAAGAAUGGUGGCAUAUACAUCAAGUUGGGCCAGCAUUUGAGCGCCAUGUCAUACCUCCUACCGAUCGAAUGGACUGAUACAUUUAUCCCCUUGCAAGACAACUGCCCGGUCUCGUCCUUUGAAUCGAUCGAGCAGAUGUACCGAGACGAUACCGGUGAAGAGCUGCGAGAUUACUUUUCAGAUUUCUCAGAAAAACCAAUAGGAGCGGCUUCUCUGGCUCAAGUACAUACUGCCACAAUCAGGGAAAGCGGGCAAAAGGUUGCAGUCAAGGUGCAACACCCCAGCCUUGCUCAAUGGACACCACUCGACAUUGCCCUCACCAAAUUCACUUUCUCGACGCUGAAGAAAUGGUUCCCCGAAUAUGACCUCGAAUGGCUAUCCUUGGAAAUGGAAGAGUCGCUCCCGCAAGAGCUCGAUUUCCAGUGCGAAGCGGCCAAUGCGAUUCGCCUCAAGCAGCACUUUGCACAGAUUCCUGAAUUGCCUCUUGUCGUGCCCGAGGUCAUUUGGGCCAAGAAGCGCGUUUUGGUCAUGGCCAACGAAUCAGGACACCGACUUGACGAUUUGGAAUACCUGGACAAGAAUGGCAUCGACCGCGACGAAGUUUCUGCGACCUUGGCAAAGACCUUCAAUGAGAUGAUUUUUGGCAAGAACGCGCCAUUGCACUGUGAUCCCCACGGCGGCAACUUGGCUGUCCGAAAGACGAGCCGGAGACGUGGCGGUCCCAACUUUGAAAUCAUUAUCUAUGACCACGGUCUUUACCGUGAUAUACCAGAGCGUCUACAGAGGAGCUAUGCUAAAAUGUGGCUUGCUGUCAUUGAUGGCGACAUGGAACGUAUGAAGAAGUACUCUCACGAAGUAGCAGGCAUCACAGAACAACAGUUCCCCUUGUUCGCAUCGGCGAUCACGGGACGCGACUAUACCGUCGUCAAAUCCUCAAUCAUGCAGUCCAAAUCUGAAGAUGAGAAGAAGACCAUGGGUGAUGCUCUACAGGAGGGUCUGCUCAGCGAUUUGGUCCAAUUACUUGGACAGGUCCCUCGAAUUAUCCUACUCAUUUUGAAGACGAACGAUCUCACCAGGAGUCUGGAUGAAAAUCUGCACACGCGCCAAGGACCAAUGCGAAGCUUCAUGAUCUUGGCGAGGUACUGCGCGCGAACCGUAUUCAGGGAGCAGAUGGAUGAAAUUAAGGAGCGCGAGGGUGGACUUUGGUGGCCAGGUAACGCGCUGAGGCUCGCAGCCGCUUGGAUUGGUUUCCUACGUGUUGAACUCAAGCUCGAGGCCUUUGAGUGGUGGUUGGCGGUCAAGAGGCUCGUCGGAGCCAAGACUGACUAUACUGGGACUCCGCUAGCCAAGGCGGCAUAG